AUGAAGUCCUUUGCUGUCGCCGCCGCCCUCGUCUCCGUCGUCAUCGCCCACCCGGGCCUCGUCGACGGCCUCCUCGGCAACAACGCCGGCGUGCCCAACACGGACAACCUCCUCGGCGGCGCCAACGGCGCGGUGCCUAGCACCGACGGCCUCCUCGGCAACACCGGGCUCGACGCCAAGAUCAAGCUGCCGGCCGGCAUCGAGAUUUCGGCCUCGCUCGGCCCCAAGUACCCGCCGCCCGCGGACCGCACCAACACCUGGCACCCGUCGCACCCCGACGUCGACAUGGACGGCUGCGACGCCACCGACGAGGACUGGCACUACGUGCACCCGUGCGACGAGUGCCAGUUUGGCCACCACACCUGGACCACGUCGACGGCGACCAGCGUCGUCACCAAGACCGUCAUUGACUGCGCGCCCACCGUCACCGACUGCCCGGCCCGCACCACGGCCAUCACCACCGUCACCACCACCAUCUGCCCGGCCACCAACACCGCCACUGCCACCCCGACCCCCGUCGUCCCCGUCUUCACCAGCACCGAGUCCGCCGUGACGGAGACCCCCUGCCCCGAGACCACCACUGCUGUGCCGCCCCCCCAGACCCAGGCCCCCAUCUGGUCGACUGGCGUCUUGCCUCCCCAGACCACCAAGGCCCCGUCUCCCCCGGUCUCCAUCGCGCCCCCGGUGCAGGGCGGCAACAACACAUUCACCCAGCCCCCCGUCAUCGUCAACGGCGGUGCGCAGGUUCAGAUCGGCCUCUUUGCUGCGGUCGCUGCCAUUGCUGCUCUUCUGUAA